AUGGGCCGCUUGAACUUCACUGCCAUCAAUGUCCGCAAGACAGCGCUUGCCAAAUUCAAGGCCAAACAGAUUCCUUCCGUUCCGAACUGGGUCGAUAUCGUACACGAUGUUCCGCCGGCGCAAAUUCUCAUCCGUCAACAGCCUAUGAGGCAUCCUCUAACCAAAGUCCGCACACGAACCCUCCCAGGCGGAAAAACCGAACAAUACGUGCAAAUGUCGGAACCCAAGAGACCAAAAUCAGCGAAAGCUCGCCAUGUCUUUACUCCCAAACCCUUGCAAUACGAGGAGGAUUCUCUACGAAAAACCUUCUACAGCGAUCACCCCUGGGAGCUCGCGCGGCCUCGAGUAAUCGUCGAGACGUCAGGAGAACAAUACAAACACGCGGACUGGUCAAACGGCCUGAUCCAGCCUGGUAUCCCGUUGUCGGGCGAAUGCGUGGUCCAACGACAACUCUGGCUUCUGGAGAACGUGCCGGACAUCACAGUCCCGCAAGCGUACGACAUCGCACGAAAGGAGUUUUACACGCUGCGUCGACGACAAGAGAGAAGGGAUAGGAUUGCAGCCGAAGAGGCGAGACACAUGGGCGCCCGCUUCGGCAAGUCAGCCUUGCAAAUUUCCAUGGGCAUCGAGAAUGAAAUGUACAAUGACUGGGAGAGAUGGAGCCGGCAGGUGGUCUUUGAGCAAACGUCAAGAGCGGCGGCUUUUGAAGGGACCGUAGCUAGCGCCGAGGAAGAGGCGUUGAAGGACAAUGCGCUGGAUGAAGGGACAACCCAGCCGCAGCAGCCAGGUGGUCGACCCGCGAUUGGAGCUGCCGUCUUUGCUCAGCAGGCGCAGUUGGAUUCGCGUAUAUCGAGGCGUCCGGGGUCUUUAUAG